AUGAGGCUUUUGCUGUCUUUCGCCUUGCUGUUUGCAAAUGUCCUCGCCAAUCAAAAGUACAUCGACCUGGUCAUGGACUACCUUAGCACUCUUCCACCAGAGGUUGAAGGUCCCUACGGUCCACUUGUUUUCGACUCGACCACCCUUCAAUGCGCAGAAGACUCGCUGCAGGAUCUGCCAGACCUGCCGAUCGGAAGUUCUAGAGAAAAUGUCUACCAGCACAUGAUGACGUCAUUGUUCUUGAAGGGCGAUGAAAAUGCUCUGGAUGCGAUCAAAGCCGCAAUGACCGCAGACACUUGGAUCUACAACGGUGUAUUCGUCAUGGAAACCAUGCUCAAUUUUGACAUGCAUUACGAUGCCGCCGGUUUUGUGUCGCCAAAUCCUGACUCUUGGGAUUUCUCAGCUGUCAAUUGGACUAUUACGGGCAGUACCGAGGCGGAGCUCUCGGAAGACUACAUGGGUGAGAUUCUCGCUGGUCAUCCAAUGAGCUCGGAUGUGACAGUCUUGGCAGAAGUUAUUGCGCCGGUUUUGGAAGGAUAUGAAGAUACUUUCCAGUAUUCGUCCGCUCGAACAGUCUGCCUCAACCCUUCGCUCAUCCAAAACAAUCACUGGGUAUGCCCUCUGGGUUUCGACCCUGCUACGGCAAUCUGCCCAACUGGCUGUGCCGAGGAAAACUGCAUUCUCGAAACAACUCUUGAAGAGGUUUGCGGCUCCUACGCCCAAGCGAGCUUUGAUUGGGGAGUUUCGCCGCUCGUCGGUUCCUGGGGAAUGGACUGGUUCGAGGAUCAGGUCAACAACUACUGCUGCCCAGCGCUAAGUGGAUUUCAACAAUGGGAGAUUCUUGAUGGAGCGGCUCAAGCAAUUGCUUCGAUGGGCGGGUUUAGUGGAGCGCCAUUUGCUGGUGAUCAAUUCGCAUCUGGGGUUCAGGGAUGGUUCGAUGCUAACAACGGCAAUUACUCAGGAAUUGUCUCCGAAAUUCUCAACUCCGGUGCAUUCGAAGGUCUGGAUUGGCUCCUGACAGCUGGUGAGUUUAUGUCCACUGACUUUGGUGGCAACAACCGAAACGGCUCCGGUGGCGCCAACUACGCCACUCAAUCUAACGGCUACUGGCAGAUUUACGAUAUGAUCGACCUCGUCAGCGUCAACGGAUCUUGGGGCGUGUUCGGAAACGAGUGGAAUGAGGGAAAUGCUUCUUAUGUGAAUUUCACCUUUGGCGACUGGCAACAAUGGGUUGAGGGCCAUGCCGACGAGUGGGGAGAAAAUUCGCAACAAUUGAUCGAAUUCUGGAGCACUCAACAAUGGUUCAAUAACAUUCGAAACGGAACGAUGAAUAUCUACGGUCCAGGCGGCGAAGGUGGCGGUGGAGGAACCCCCGGUGAAAUCCCAAUCAUCAUUAUGGAAACUGUCGAGUGGCCCUUCCCAACCGGCUGCAUUACCAAAACCUACCAACAAUCCAUCAACGACUAUCUCACCACUCAUGGCAAGAACCAGAGCCUUUUGACGGACAUGAACUCGUUCUGGAUCCAAAUGAGCGCUGACCAAGGACUUGAUUGGACUCUCGCCCCGGGCAGUGUCGCUGAGGUCUUGACUGGCACUGCUUAUGGGUCGAUUUCUCUGCAGAAUUUCUUGAAUUCGAUCGAUCCAACUGGUGCGAAAUGGGCUGCUUUCCAGCCUUGCUGGCUCCUCCCCGAAUUCAACUCCUUGAUCGCCCGAGUCGAAAGUCAACUUCUCAUCGGAACAUUCUGGAACCCGCCCCAAGCAGCCAACGACGUCGAAGCUGGAGAACUGUUUGAAAACGCCAACUGGAACGAAAUGCGACUCGAUGAAGAUUGCUGCAGCGUUGAUGCGCUUUCGAUCGCGGAGGAUUACGAUGCAAUGCCGAAUUUGGACUGGAUUUGGGCUUCAAACUCAAGCUUGCAAAUUGCCGAUCAGAUUGUGCCCUACUUGGAUGCUGCUUGUUGCAAUUUGAAUGAUACGCUUUUGGGCUUCUUGAACACGACGAAUAUGACUGAUGGAUAUGGAUCGCUUCAUGGUGAUCCCCAUGUUAUUGUUCAAACUCCUGGACAAGAAACGGCAAUCUGUUUCAAACUCGAUGCCCAAAACGACGGGGUCUACACACUUCUUUCCGACCCAUCUCUCAAUUUGGAUGUCACUGGUGAAAUGACACAUGAAGGCAGCAAGAAAUUCGUCAUGGACAAGGUCUUCAUCACAUCUCCAAAAGGUCUUCAGAUCGAAAUCGACUCGUAUUUCGUCAAAAUCGCCCGAGACGAAGUCGUUGCUCUCGAAACCUUGAUGGGCUCUUUCGAUGAAUUUGGAAUGGACGAUGUUCAUUUCUCCCUCUCCGGAGUCGCCAAUGGAGAGCACAAUAAUGCGGUGAAAAUGACUAUGGUUGGAAACAACGAUGAGCGAAUCGAGCUUUUGGUGAGCACGAAGCAGACAAAGAGCUCGCUCAGAUUUUCGGUGUUGAAUUCUGAUGGACUUUCAACGAGCGGAUUGAAAGGAAUUAUCGGCGAAAGCAUCAUGCCAAAUGACUACAAAAUCGAUGAAAACGGCUUCGUCCACAUCGGCAACCGCGUCAUUCUCGGUGGAGAGCAAUCACAUGAUUCCAACAACGACUGCCUCCUCCUCAGCGACGAUGAUGUCUCUCUUUUCAUUGGUCAUCCAGUUUCGGACUUCCAAACUAUCAAGACCUUCGAACUCAUUGAAGAUCUUUCGCCCAAGUAA